AACAAUCUCGAAAAUUAAGAGGAAGAAACCUAGUCUCUUCUCCGUCAGUUCUUCUGUUUGGCCGUCAUGGUGAAGUACUCGCAAGAACCCGACAAUUCCACCAAAUCUUGCAAGGCGAGGGGAGCCGAUCUCAGGGUCCACUUCAAGAACACUAGGGAGACAGCGCAUGCCAUAAGAAAGCUACCAUUGAACAAGGCCAAAAGGUACUUGGAAGAUGUGAUAGCUCACAAGCAAGCUAUCCCCUUCACACGUUUCUGUCGUGGUGUGGGUCGUACUGCUCAGGCGAAGAACAGGCAUUCAAACGGUCAAGGUCGCUGGCCUGCUAAAUCCGCUCAGUUCGUUCUUGAUCUUCUCAAGAACGCUGAGAGCAAUGCUGAGGUGAAAGGUUUGGACGUCGAUGCCCUCUUCAUUUCACACAUCCAAGUGAACCAAGCAGCAAAACAGAGACGGAGGACAUAUCGUGCUCAUGGAAGAAUCAAUCCUUACAUGUCAAACCCAUGCCACAUUGAGUUGAUUCUGUCAGAGAAGGAAGAGCCUGUGAAGAAAGUGCCCGAGACUCAGCUUGCAGCCAAGUCAAAGAAAGGAACCUCGUCUUGAGCCUUAAUAGUCAGUAGUAUUUGUGAGUCAGCUCUGUUACAACGUUUGAUACAUUUUGUUCGCUUUUGUUUCUAUAAAGACAAAGUUGCCAAUUUAAAGACAUAUAUGAUGAUUGGUUUUUGGAUUGA